CACUGGGAGCAGACUGGGAGCAGACUGGGAACAGACUGGGAACAGACUGGGAGCAGACUGGGAACAGACUGGGAACAGACUGCAGUUUGAAGCUUUUAUUUUGAAGGGUCCGCUCAAUUUGACAACUAGGAGAAACUUUUCUCUGCAGCUCUGGACCCGGUUCUUUUCUCUAAGUGGACAGGUCAGAACCGGACUGGACCUCCAUCAAAACCAGGUUCUGGUUCUGGACCGGCUGGGAACCCGGAUGGAUCCGGUGAGGGCAGACAUGGAGCUGCUGAGCAACAGCAUGGCCGCCUACGCUCACAUCAAAGCCAAUCCAGAGAGUUUUGCUCUUUACUUCAUGAUGGGUGUCUCGUUCGGACUCUUCAUGGCGCUCUGCCUCCUGGUGGCCGCCAUCGCCUGCAGGUCCCAGCGCCACCGCAGGCCUCCUCCGUCCCCCGACAGGCGGCACCUCAAAGAGUCCAGCGACGAAGAGGAGGAAGACGAGGAAGAGAGCAUGUUUGAGGAAGACGGGGUGGAGUCCGAGGGGAAGGUGGCGCUGGGGCCCUUGAGUGACCGCAGCAGCCAGUCCAACGGGACCCUGAGGAGCCUCGACGUCUUCACAUCCGCAGAGGAGCUGGAAAGGGCCCGACGCUUGGAGGAGCGGGAGCGGAUCGUCCGCGAAAUCUGGAGGAACGGACAGCCGGACGUCAUGGUGACCGGGACAGGAACCAUCGGCCGGGUCCAUUACCGCUAAUGCUAAGCGGGCCAAAAAUGAUCCGCUAACGCUAACCGGGACAAUUGGACACGUCCAUUCUGUUCUGUUCUGGAGAUGAAGUUCUCCAGAACCCCCAGGGUCCAGAACGAUUUUCUUCUUCUGCUGUUGUUGCUGCAGUGAGACUGAAACUGUUUCCUGGAGUAAACAACUUUCGGACUGCAGUUUGUUUUUCUUGUUUACAGCAUCACUUCCUGUGUUCCGAACACCGGGGCCCAGACUGGGCCGAACACCGGGGCCUCCCCCCACCGGGGCCCAGACUGGGCCGAACACCGGGGCCCCCCCCCACCGGGGCCCAGACGGGGCCGAACACCGGGGCCCCCCCCCACCGGGGCCCAGACUGGGCCGAACACCGGGGCCCCCCCCCACCGGGGCCCAGACUGGGCCGGACACCGGGGCCCCCCCCCACCGGGGCCCAGACUGGGCCGAACACCGGGGCCCCCCCCCACCGGGGCCCAGACUGGGCCGAACACCGGGGCCCCCCCCCACCGGGGCCCAGACGGGGCCGGAUGUUUCUCAGGACCCUCUGGGUCUCACAGCAAAUAUCCAGGAAAUGGAGGAUAAUUUUUUCAGUCAUAUUUUCACCUUUUCUCAUUCAUUUAUAAGUUUCAACUAAAUAUUUAAUUAGCAAGCUAAAUAUUUAGCAUGGAGAAAUAAUAUUUUGCUAUCAAGCUAAUUAAUUAGCUUCCAACUCUAUAUUUACUCUGUAGCUUAAUUUGUAAACUAAAUAUUUAAUUGGCUAGCAGAAAAUAUUAGGUAAGAAUUUAAGCCCCAGUUUUCUCUGACAGGCUGAUAAUCCAGAUUAUUUCUGUUCAGUUUUCAUAAACGCCCCCUCAGAGAACAGCUUUCCGGUUUCCUUCAGCUUUUCCAAAUUUUACUUUACUCUAACUUUUGUAAACAGGAUAAAGACAGAACCCGAACGGAGCAGAUGACGGUCUGGAACCAGAACUUGUUUUCCAGACCGAGAAGGUUCUGAACUCGGUUCUCUCGGCUCCUCAUUCAGACCAUCCUGCAGCUUCCUGUCCGUCAUGGGAAGCUGCAGGAGCGUGAGCGUGAGCGUGCACGAGCACCACACACAUAACAGGAAAAAAAACAAUUAUUGCUCAGGAAACAGAAUUUUCCAGGUUUUAUUUUGUUUUUCUGACUUUUCUCUAAUAAAAACUUUCCAGAAAUCAAACCUCUACGUGAAUCAACAGGUUUACAGAAAUAAAGAUGAUUUUUUAUUCCAGGAACAUUUUCUGGGUUUAAUGUGAUUUGACCCGACAGUGUGAAUCCAGAUUUUCCUCCUGCAGCUGAAGUUCUAGAAAUGACCAGGAAACCCAGAAACGUCCCGACUGACUUUAUUGAAAAUAAAACAAAUGAGUUUAAAGUAAAAAAGGUUCAGGCUAAAGCAGAUGUCAGACGGUUGGUUCAGAACAUGCAGGUUGGGUCCAAACAGUCUGAAACAAGAUCUCACCAGAACUUUAAGCUAAAUCUCUACAGCAGAUAAAUUCCUAUGUGGAUCUGGGUCAUUUUACCACAGAGGGUGUCGGCGGCGCCCGGGUCACUGCUGAUUGGUCCCGCUGAGCGGCGCCGUGCUAACAGAAUCAUGAACAGCGUUUUCAUUCGUCAGCAGCUUUUAUUCUCCUCUAAGGCACAAAAACGCUUUGAUUUGCUGCAGAACAUGAAGCUUAAAGUUCUCCCUUAAAAAGACAUAAAAACAGAAACAGGUCAACCGUUAGCUAGAAGAUGACUCCUCUACUUGGGGGUCCCGUCGCCGGACGCCUUGGGCUCCUUGUGCUCCGCCUCCAUGGCGUCGUCCGGCAGCUCGCCCUCCUCGCCGCCCUGGAACAUGUCGUGGGCCCACUUCGGGCUGCCGCCGCCGCCACCCUUACGGUACACGAAGCGGCCGCGCCGCGCCGGGAAGGAGCCCCGCCCCCGGCCCCGGCUCUCCACCCAGGUCUUCUCUCCGUCACGAUCGUCGUGCUGGAAGAGGAAGAGGAGGAGGAGGUGAAGAAGACCACCGGAUUAAAAAAAUUAAACAAAAACUUAACAGCAAUAAUUUGGGUUAUUUAUCCUGUCAGUCAAAUUUUAACCAUGUUGACCAUUCAUUAGAAAUGUUAGCUUCAAACGAAGCAUUUAAUUAUGAGGCUAAAUAUUUAGUUUGCCCUGAAAUACUCAGCUAGCUCAGAGCUACGUGUUGAUCUCAAACCUGACUGUUGCUGUCAGAAGCAGAUAAACAAACAGCUUUAGCUUCAAACUGUGAUGCUUAUAAAUAACACAAAGUGUUGCAAAAUCCCCCAAACGACUCAGCCCCUCCUGCAGCCCUGACCUUUGACCCUGGACCCUGACAGGUGUCUCUGAGGUGGAGGGCGUGGCUUCGUCUCACAUAUAAACAGAGUAAAGAGUGUCGCUGCAGAUUGUUAUAUUUUCUGAGGCUGCCUGGUUUUAAAUCUGUUUAGUUCAUAAAUGUUUGUAUUUCUGAUUCAUUUAAUUAAACCUUAAGAAGAAAAACAAA